AUGACCGACUGGCAAAGUGACUCAAAGAUCAGCAGGAAUGAAGGUAGAUUAUCCCUAUUCGUCACCGAAACUCGCCGAAGUAUUGAUCGUGGAACAUCAGCAUCACUCAGCAGGCUAGUGCAUGUGUUCAUUGGUAUCUUCAUAUGGGAAUGUGUCAUCUUCCUCAGCAUGGAUUGGAGAUAUGCGAGGCAUAUGAAGCGGGAACGACCUCAGAUGAUUCUGGGUUUUUUGAACCGUUACUUUCUUCUCGCGGGUUUGAUCGGUCUCAUUGUAGACGACACCGUUACAACGACUGUAGGGAGCCUAACUGCCGAUCCUUACACCUCUCUACAAUUGCAACUAUGUACUAGCAUAGCCAUUGAACUGGCGAGUACUGGGCUUACCCUACGGAUACUCGCGGUAUGGGGCCGGAUGGUCCCUGUUACCGUGUUCUUUUGUGUCUGUCUACUCGUUCAAGCGUCGUUAUUCCUCGAGGCCCCCAUCGUGGGUUGCGUAAUCACUAAUACUGGUAAUUUGACGCCGACUCUUGGGUACACUUUCAACACUCCAUACUUUCUCAUUUUGUUCGCAUCCGCGGGUUGGGUGUAUUUCUUUCCUUGCAAGAAGGUGCCCCUCUGCAAUAGAAUAUCGCUGAGUGAAUUAUGCUGGUUCGGCGCGGCCUUUCUUGCGUCUCUUGUGAACACUGUAUUUAUCCGGUUGAAUCUAAACCGAGUCAUGGCUAUAAUCGCCGUUGUGCCAUCUACCGUCGUCAUAUCUAUCGCUUCCGGCCGCGUGAUCCGUCUUUGGGCAGAAUCACAUCGUGCAUUUGUACGACCAGAAACAACAGAGCAACGCUCGACAGCGACACAAUGUUCUGCUUAUAAACAAACGAGGUUCAGUCUUCUUAAACGGUGGCUGUCGCAUCUCGGAAGCCCCACGCGUGAAGCCCUCGACUCCCCGGACUUUCGUAGGUUGAGCAGCCCUUCCUCUUCACAUGGGAGCACCGUGCAAGCCAGGGACUCCACCAGGCAAUCUUCUAUUACCCUUCCAUCCUUAAACUCCCCAUCUUCGACGUAUAUCCCAAAUCGAGCGUCACAGAACCCGUCUACCCGCCUCGACUCCGACAGUGAGACCAGUGCCAUGGGCGACCGUUAUGACCUUGAUGCCCAACUCGUAGCAACGGAGCGAAGGAACUUCGCAGGUACGAUUGGUAUCAGUCUUCUGAAGGUCUAA